AUGUCAUGUACUUUCAGAUCAACAACAAAACGGGGGCAAUUUCACUUACUCUAGCAGGUGCGGUGGAACGAACCAGGUGUACUAUAUUCAUUAGUGGAAGAGGAGAAGCCAUCAAAAUUCCCAUUUUUAAUUGACCAGGAAGGAGAUAUCUAUGUGACUCAGCCCUUGGACCGAGAAGAAAAGGAUGCGUAUGUUUUUUAUGCGGUUGCAAGGGAUGAGCAUAGAAAACCACUCGCAUUGCCACUGAAAAUUCAAGUGAAAGUUAAAGACAUUAAUGAUAAUCCACCUACAUGUCCAUCUACAGUGACUGUACUUGAGGUCCAGGAGAAUGAACAAAUAGGGAACAGUAUUGGAACACUUAUUGCUCAUGACAUGGAUGAAGAAAACACUAUCAACAGUGUUUUAGGAUACAGAAUUGUGGAUCAAACCCCCAAAGUUCCUAGAGAUGGACUCUUCCUGGUCCAAGCCUACUCAGGAAUGUUCCAGUUAGCCUUGCAGUCCUUGCGGAAGCGAGACACUCCGCAGUACAUCUUGACAGUAGAGGUGUCUGACAAAGAUUUCAAGACCCUCUGCUUUGUGCAGAUCAACGUUAUUGAUAUCAAUGAUCAGAUCCCCAUCUUCGAAAAAUCAGAUUAUGGAAACCUAACUCUCCCUGAAGAUACAGCCAUUGGAACUGUCAUCUUAACCAUCCAGGCCACCGACGCUGAUGAACCGUAUACGGGAAGUUCUAAAAUCUUGUACCGAAUUACACAGGGAGACAGUGAGGGACAUUUGGAGAUUGAAACAGAUCCUGAAACCAAUACUGGAUAUGUCAAGGUUAAAAAGCCUCUUGAUUUUGAAGCAGCAGAUGUUUACAAUAUUGUGUUCCAAGCAGAAAACCCAGAGCCUCUGGUGUUUGGUGUACAGUACAAUGCCAGCUCUUCUGCUACAUUCAGACUUACUGUGACAGAUGUGAAUGAGGCACCGCAAUUUUCCCAACAACUAUACCAAGCAAAAGUCAGAGAGGAUGUGGCUAAAGGCACCAAAGUGGGCAACGUGACUGCCAAGGAUCCGGAAGGUCUGGACAUAAGUUAUUCACUAAGAGGUGACAAGAGAGGUUGGCUAAAAAUUGACCCCGUCACCGGCGAGAUCUUUAGUGUGGCUCCGCUGGACAGGGAAGCUGAAAGUCUGUAUCGGGUACAAGUGGUGGCAACAGAAGUAGGCGGAUCCUCCUUGAGCUCCGUGGCGCAAUUCCACCUGACCCUCACGGACGUGAACGACAACCCCCCGCGGCUGGUCAAGGAGUACACAGGCUUGUUCUUCUGCUAUCCCCCGAAAGCACCCGGAAGUCUCAUUUUCGAGGCCACCGAUGAUGAUCAGCAGUUAUUUCGGGGUCGACACUUUACAUUUUCCCUUGGCAGUGAAAGCUUACAAAAAGACUGGGAAGUUUCCAAAAUCAAUGGAACUCAUGCCAGGCUCUCCACCAAGCACACGGGCUUUGAGGAGAGAGUUUACCACAUCCCAGUCCGCAUCAAUGAUGGCGGUCGGCCACCCUUGGAAGGAACUGUCUCUUUACCAGUUACUUUCUGCAAGUGUGUGGAAGAUAGGUGUUUCCAGCCAGCAGAUCACAUGCCUGGGAUACCUACUGUGGGCAUGACAGUUGGUAUACUCCUUACCACCUUUUUGGUCAUCGGUAUAAUUUUAGCUGUCGUGUUUUUCCAGAUAAAGAAGAAUAAAGGCCAACGUAAUGUUGAAAGUGCUCAGGCAUCUGAAGUCAAGCCUCUGAGAAACUGA